AUGGCUGGAAUACUGCAUCCAAUGCCACAGGAUGAAAAAGCACAGAAGCUAAACACAUUCCUCUGGGUGGAUAUAUCAUGGCAGAUUGAAGGGUUAAGCUGGGAUCCUGUUGAAUGUGGAACAGACAGAAUCUCGCUGCCAAGAGAGGAACUGUGGAUGCCUGAUGUUGUCAUUAAUCAAUUCAUUGAUGAGAACAGAGUCCCAGAGACAUAUUACCUCUACGUGUAUCAUAACGGCAAGAUAUACGAUAGUCUUCCAUUUCAUGUCAUUAGUUCCUGUAACAUGGACAUCUACACGUUUCCAUUUGAUAUUCAGAACUGCACAUUCACCUUUAAUUCAUACCACCACAUGGUGAUGGAUCUUCAGUUGUUCUUUGCUGAACCAGUGGAGACAACAUUUAAGAAAUCCAUGUCUGUGAUGACUACCAAGGGAGAAUGGGAGCUUGUCGACAUGCGUGCUGAAAAACCUUCGGUACCUCCAGACGAAGCGAACAAGUCAUUCGAUGCACUUAUUUACUACAUUGUCCUCAGGCGUCGAGCAAGUCUGUACAUCGUGAACCUCUUGAUUCCCAGUUGCUUCCUUAUAGCUGUGGAUUUGUUCAGUUUUCUUCUGCCGCCUCAGAACACGGAUCGAUCAGCUUUCAAAAUGACGCUCAUCUUGGGUUACACCGUAUUCCUGCUGUUAAUGAAUGACCUGCUGCCUGUCACCGGAAACAGCUUACCUCUCAUUAAUGCCUUCUUCUCUCUCUGCUUGGCGCUGAUGGUGGCAAGUCUUCUAGAGACGAUUUUUAUCACUAAUAUUAUGUGUGGGUCCAGUCGAUACCCACCGUUACCUCAGUGGGUCAAGGUGCUUUUCCUAAACUACAUCGCCAGACUUGUGUGGUUAAGUGACCAAAACUGUGAUCUGGAAGAAAUGAGACCAGUCGCUUUGUUCCUGUUAAAAUCCCAAAGACUGAAGUCGUCCACACGACUCCACCCAACAUUCAAAAACUGA